GUCGGGGGACCCUUUCGAGGAGAGGCAGCUUCCGCUUCCGGCCAGGAGAGAGCGCGUCUAGGCUGCGUGAGGCGGCGGGAAGAAGGAAGAAGGAGCGAAGGGAGAGCAGAGCGGGAGCGCAGCCGCAGCCAUGACGGUGGGGAAGAGCAGCAAGAUGCUGCAGCACAUCGACUACCGCAUGCGGUGCAUCCUGCAGGACGGGCGCGUCUUCAUCGGGACCUUCAAGGCCUUCGACAAACACAUGAACCUCAUCCUCUGCGACUGCGACGAGUUCCGGAAGAUCAAGCCAAAGAACUCCAAGCAGCCGGAGCGUGAGGAGAAGCGUGUUCUUGGGCUGGUGCUUCUGCGAGGAGAGAACCUAGUCUCCAUGACAGUGGAGGGGCCGCCCCCAAAAGACACUGGCAUCGCCCGCGUGCCCCUGGCCGGAGCAGCAGGAGGGCCUGGCGUCGGCAGAGCUGCCGGAAGAGGGGUCCCGGCGGGGGCACCCAUGCCACAGGCGCCUGCAGGCCUGGCUGGCCCUGUGCGUGGGGUCGGGGGGCCCUCCCAGCAGGUGAUGACCCCACAGAGCCGAGGGACGGUGGCUGCGGCGGCGGCGGCAGCCACGGCCAGCAUCGCAGGAGCCCCUACUCAGUAUGCACCUGGCCGAGGGGGACCUCCUCCCCCCAUGGGCAGGGGCACUCCGCCUCCAGGAAUGAUGGGACCCCCUCCAGGCAUGAGGCCCCCCAUGGGUCCUCCGAUGGGCAUGCCCCCCGGCCGAGGCUCACCCAUGGGCAUGCCGCCUCCCGGUAUGCGACCGCCUCCCCCUGGCAUGAGAGGCCCCCCUCCUCCUGGCAUGCGCCCCCCCAGGCCCUGAGGCAAACGUCGAAGGAGAGGAAAUUGAGCCAGUUGCAGUUACGCCUCUUGGCUUGUUUGCCCCAAGGUGGCAGGGGUGGGACGGGAGAUUGGUUGCAUGUUUGGCUUCUGUUUUUUGACUGUCAUGGUGCCCUUUUUAAUAAAAAGCAGGACAUUUCCUUUUGAGUGAA